AUGACUGUUCUUUCAAAUUCCGACAACCCCGGCCAUGAGAAGGGAUCUAGCCAUGAGCCCACCACCAACAUCGAAGUGGAGGACUUUCAACCGACCCACCUCGAGAACUAUGGCCCACUAGCACACGUGAAUACUGUGGAGUCCCGAUUGCCUGCUUUUGCAGGCGAAUUGCAACCAGGUCUUUAUCGGACGCCUAAGCUUCGAAAGUUCGCAAAUCCUGCGCCUUUAGGUCUCUCGGGGUUUGCCUUGACCACUUUUGUACUAGGAUGUAUCAACAUGGGCACGCUGGAUAUCACAGAGCCUAAUAUGGUUGUUGGUGUUGCUUACGCUUACGGUGGGCUAGUUCAGCUUCUCGCUGGCAUGUGGGAAAUGGCCGCUGGAAACACAUUUGGUGCCACCGCUCUGUCUUCAUACGGUGGUUUUUGGAUCGCCCUGGGCAUCACCUUUACUCCUGGAUUCCAAAUCAUGUCAGAGCUUCAGAAAGCCGACAAUGGGUCAACUGACAUGUUCUACGAUUCAUAUGGGUUGUUCCUUAUGGGCUGGUUUGCCUUCACCUUUCUGCUCCUUACGUGCACUGUCAAAUCGACUGCGGUAUUUUUCUCCCUUUUCCUAUGUGUAGAUGUGGCAUUCUUGCUGCUUGGGAUUGGACACCUCCAUCGCGAUGCCCAGGGAAAGCCUAAUCCGCCAAUUCUCACAGCUGGCGGCUUAUUUGCUCUCAUGGCUGCCUUCUUGGCGUGGUAUAGUGCCCUGGCUGGUAUUGCGGAUGACAGUAACAGCUUUUUCAUCAUUCCUGUCUUUCAUUUCCCGUGGUCAGAGAAAGGUAGAGCUUCUAGACGUGAGGCUUCUGCUGCUGUUUAG